UGCGUUUCCGUGCACAGUCUCAGCUCCCAGGAUGGCGCCUGAGGAGGCGGGCAGGCUGUAUCGGGCGCCAGCAGCCUUGGCGCGGGAGGCGCACGUCUCCUCGCUGGCGCAGUACGAGAAGCUGUACCGUCGCUCUGUGGAGGAGCCGCACGAAUUUUGGGGUGAUAUUGCUAAGGAAUUUUACUGGAAAAGCCAUCACUCUGGACCAUUUCUGCAGUACAACUUUGAUGUGACAAAAGGGAAGAUUUUUGUUGAGUGGAUGAAAGGGUCUACAACCAACAUAUGCUACAAUCUGUUGGAUAGAAAUGUCAAUGAAAAGAAACUUGGGGACAAAAUUGCUUUUUACUGGGAAGGGAACGACCCUGGGAUUUCCAUGAGUAUUACAUACAGACAGUUGUUGCAGGAUGUCUGCCAAUUUGCCAAUGUUCUCCAGGAACAAGGCAUAAAAAAAGGAGACAGAAUUUCCAUCUACAUGCCAAUGAUUAUUGAGCUUGUUGUAGCCAUGCUAGCCUGUGCCAGAAUUGGAGCUCUUCAUUCCAUUGUGUUUGCAGGUUUCUCAGCAGAAUCCCUUUGCGAACGGAUCCGUGAUUCCAAUUGUUCCCUCCUUGUUACAGCAGAUGCCUUUUAUAGAGGUGAUAAACUAAUUAGCCUGAAACAGAUUGCAGAUGACGCCCUGCAGAAAUGUAAAGAGAAGGGCUUCCUUGUGCGAAACUGUAUUGUGGUCAACCAUUUGGGAAGGGAAGAACUAGUGUCAGAUGGGACAACCAGCCAGUCGCCACCUGUUAAGCGGCUGUGCCAGGAUGUACAGGAAACAAAGACUGAGAUUUCAAAGAGAAUCCAUCCUAAGAUGCCAUGGAACUCAGAUGUUGAUCUUUGGUGGCAUGAACUAAUGAGAAAUGCUAGUAAAGAGUGUGAGCCUGAGUGGUGUGAUUCUGAGGAUGAGCUCUUUAUUCUUUACACCAGCGGAUCAACUGGGAAACCCAAGGGUGUUGUGCACACAGUGGGAGGAUAUAUGCUUUUUACUGCUGCUACCUUUAAGUAUGUAUUUGACUACCAUCCUGAGGACAUUUACUGGUGCACAGGUGACAUUGGAUGGAUAACGGGCCACUCCUAUCUCACUUAUGGACCUUUGGCAAAUGGGGCAACCAGCGUAUUGUUUGAAGGUGUUCCCACCUAUCCAGAUGUCAGCCGAAUGUGGAACAUUGUUGACAAGUACAAGGUGACCAAGCUCUACACUUCACCCACAGCCAUCCGAGCACUUAUGAAGUCUGGAGAUGAGCCUGUCAAAAAAUGCAGUAGGGAAUCUCUGAAAAUACUGGGAACUGUUGGUGAGCCCAUUAACCCCGAAGCCUGGCUGUGGUACUAUCAUGUUAUUGGAGAAGAGAGAUGUCCAAUUGUGGAUACGUUCUGGCAAACAGAGACUGGUGGUCAUAUGCUGACGCCUCUCCCUGCUGUCACAGCUAUGAAGCCUGGCUCUGCUACAUUCCCAUUCUUUGGUGUUGUGCCUGCCAUCCUGGAUGAGUCGGGGCAAGAACUGGAAGGAGAGGCAGAAGGCUUCCUGGUAUUUAAGCAGCCCUGGCCAGGAAUAAUGCGCACAGUGUAUGGAAACUACAAACGAUUUGAGACCACCUAUUUCAAGAAGUUCCCAGGGUACUAUGUUACAGGGGAUGGCUGCAGGAGAGAUAAAGACGGUUAUUACUGGAUCACAGGACGCAUUGAUGACAUGCUGAAUGUUUCUGGCCACUUGCUGAGCACUGCAGAGGUAGAGUCUGCCUUGGCUGAGCACAAGGCCAUUUCUGAGGCAGCAGUGGUUAGUCACCCACACCCAGUGAAAGGCGAGUGCCUCUACUGCUUUGUGACCUUGAGAGAUGGCCAUGAAUUCAGCAAGACCCUGCAAGAGGAGCUGAAGAAACAAGUCAGAGAGAAAAUCGGACCGAUAGCAACCCCCGACUACAUCCAGCAUGCUCCUGGCCUGCCCAAAACCCGCUCUGGUAAAAUUUUGAGGCGUGUAUUAAGGCAGAUUGCCAAAAAUGACCGGGACCUGGGAGAUACCUCAACAGUGGCAGAUCAAUCUGUUAUAAGCCUCCUUUUCAACAAUAGGUGUAACACUGUCCUGUAGCAAAAUGAUAUGCCACCAUUCUGAACAAAGGUCCUUAUGAAUGUGGCCCAUCCAGUGAGUAUUGUAUUCUCUGGGAGAGAAGCCAUUUUCUGAAAAGCUGAAAGUACAAUGCUGUAAAUGAGGGAAAAUAAAACCGACGAGUGAGAUUGUCAGUCAUCCUCUUAGACUGUAGCUGUAGAUGUGUGCGCCUCUGGAAAGUGCAUACAUUUUACUAUCAAUUUAUACUGCAUAUCUGAAAUUCCAGCCUCCUUCACUUGCUGCCGAAUGACUCCCAGUUGUUUCCUUUCCAUCAUUUUGUUCAUCACUUUAUUUGGUGUUUCCUUAUUUAACCUUGUGUAAUGGGUGGGGCCUGGCCUCUUGCUUAUUGUGGGAAUUAGUGGGUUUGAUGGAAAGUAGCACUCCACUCAUGGGCAUGAUAUGCACACCUGCAGAUGACCAUGAGUUUCAAGACUUUGAGCAAUAAUGUCUCUAAAGUAAUAUAUAUCUAUCUAAAUUAAACAAGCCAGUCUAGCAUGGUUCAUUUAGAUGUCCCCACAUAAAAUUCUUCUGUACCAAUAUGUUGUUGGAAGGGAGUUUUAAAAUAAUUCUUUUUCUCUUUGUAGCUGUAUAGCUAUUUUUAAUUUUCUGUCUGUCUACUGAGCCUGUUUUAACAUGGGAAUAAUGACUGGCUGGAGAGGGCUUUGGUUUUUAUUAAAGUUUUAUAUAAGAUUUCUGGUAUCAACAUUUUGUUAUUUUUUAAUUGCUUGGUACCAGGAGUUAAAUUGUCGUAGCACAGGGGAAUCAUAGUCACAGAAAGAUGAGUUUAGUCCCUGAGCAGGCUUUGUAAUGCACUGUUGUUUUAUUUGAUUUGUGGUGCCAGGAAGUCCCUUCUGAACCAAAGCCAGUUAAUCUCACUAGGGACAGCUCCUCUAGUUGCCUUUUAAGGUUAUGGGGUAUAGAGUGGGUGCUACUUAUACCAAAGAGAAAUGUGAUCAAGAAAACUAUGCAACGGUAUCUUUCCUAUUAAUGGGCAAUGAUGAUACGUGUCUGUAGUUACAAGGGAGAGUAGCAAAAGGCAGGCAGAAUUGCCUUAUUCCAACAUGUCACUUUCCUCAUCAAAAGAAAUUAGCAAAAGUUGUUUCAAUCAAAUCUGUGCUUAAAUUUGACCUGUGGAUGCAUUAUGAUGUGGAAAUACUGAUACUGUACUCAAGACCGAUGGCCUGAAUGUAACCAGUAAUGAAGGCUGCUGACAAUGACAGGAUUUCUGCUACACUUGAAUUGUCAUGUUGUUUAACUCCAGCACUUACUUAGUUCUGACCUGGGAAGAUACUUUCUUUGUUACAUGUUUGUAUUAGAAAUAGUUUUUGACCUUUUAAUAAAUUUACACUUUUACCAGAUGGGGAAAAAUAUAGGUGUUUAAAUUUGCUACAGUGACCAUUGUAUGGCAGCCCAAAGUGCUGGCUUUGUCCAGAGAAAUGUCUGAUGCUUGUAUUGGGUAAAAUAAACUCAGAGCUUUAUCACAAAUGCCAAAA